AUCCAACAUGGCGCUCACAGAGACAGCCAGCGUAGAAUACGUGCUGUCAUGAAAUUUAACUACUUUGCUGUGUGUAUUUUUGCGUUUCAUCUACCUGACUUGUAAUGUGCCGGUUUUCAAAGAGUUUAUCUGCUCUCCGACAGUAGCCUGAUUCGCUAGUACAGAAGUAUGGCAACGCUGGACAUUGCCAGAGAAAAGGAUGGCGGCUUCGCAGACACGGACGACAGUUCUCCGUCCUACACGGAAAACCUAAUUGGGACACUGCUGGCAAUAUUUGGCAACUUACUUGUCAGCAUUGCAGUCAGCAUCCAGAAAUACAGCCAUGUGGUCCUGGCUGGUACUAAGGAUCCGCGGGCGUUCUACCGGACCAAGACGUGGUGGUGUGGCCUGGUCCUGACCCUCCUUGGGGAGGGCACCAUCUUUGCAGCGUACGCCUUCGCCCCCAUCUCCCUCAUAGCACCCCUCAACGCCGUCUCAGUCAUUGCGAGCUCCAUCCUGGGCUUCAUAUUUCUGAGGGAGAAAUGGAAAGCAAAGGAGUUUCUGAAGCGGUACAUCUUGUCGUUCCUGGGCUGUGCGCUGACGGUGGCGGGUACCUACCUCUUUGUGACAUUCGGGCCCAACUCCCACGAGAAGCUCAACGCAGAGAACAUCAUCAAGCACCUGAUUGGCUGGCCCUUCCUCCUCUACCUGCUUCUAGAGAUCAUCACCUUUUGUCUGCUGCUCUACUUCUACAACCAGCGCAAUACCAAUUACCUCAUCAUUAUUCUCAUGCUGGUGGCACUGCUGGGCUCCAUGACGGUGGUGACGGUGAAGGCUGUGUCUGGGAUGCUGAUGCUGAGUAUCCUGGACUCCAUGCAGUUGGGCUACCCCAUCUUCUACGUGCUGCUGGUCUCCAUGGUCGCCACCGUCCACUUCCAGGCCAGGUUUCUGUCCCAAGCAUCAUGCCUGUAUGACUCCUCUCUCAUCGCGUGCCUCAACUACGUCCUCUCAACAACCUUUUCCAUUGUAUCAGGAGCCAUAUUUUAUUUGGAGUUUAACCAUGAAGACGUUCUCCACAUCUGCAUGUACCUUUUAGGGUGUGCGGUAUGCUGCCUGGGUGUGUUCCUCAUCACUAAGAACCGGAGGAAGGCCAAAGCAUUCGAGCCCUAUGUCACCAUGGACAUGGUUCAAGGUGUUCCCACCAUCCACGACAAGGGCUGGCCGGUGCAGCCCGAAUACAACGGCUCCUUCUCCUACGGAGCGCUGGUGAACAAUGACAGCGUUACCCCGGCAACCCUCCCCGUGACACAGGAGCACGUCACCGUGGUCCAGUCCAACCAGAAGGUCAGCGAGCUGAAGAGAGACUAAAGGUCUAUUUAGACUCCCACUUCAGUUGGGGGACACGCACUGGCAGCGGCAGGUCGCGGACAAUUCAGCCUGGGAGAAAUAUACGUUGAUCGCUGCAAGGGGUCUUUUCAGCGCUAAAAGAGAGAGCGAGGUGGCUGUUUGGGUACCUGAUCUGCCGCUACCCCCCGCUGACAGUGCGUGUCCCCCAACUGAAGGAGGAGUCAAAACAGACCUUAACGAGACGCAGAGGAGGUGCGAAAUGAGAGGAUGGGGGGUGGGACACACACGAUGGCCUGCUCUCUAAACAGGCGUACCUCCACACAGACAUAGCACAAACACAUAACACAAACACACUGGUGGACUGUUGACCUUGUCUCCUCCUUGUCAUCAACCUCGUUCGUUCGUCCUACCCUGCCCUCCCCUCCCAGACACAGAACUGGAGUGUGAUAAAAACAGAGGUGUCUUCUGGGUAAUCUGAGAGAGCAUUACCUCUCUCAGCCACUCACUCGAGAACAGAAGAGAAAGCCGCACACACACACACACACACACACACACACACACACACACACACACACACACACACACACACACACACACACACACACACACACACACACACACACACACACACACACACACACACACACACACUCUUUUUGUUUGUUUUUAUUGUGACAUCUGCACAGUAGGGACAGGCUGUUGCAAGAUGCCGCGUAAGAUCCUGUUGUCAUGCUUACUCCUCCUGCCUCAGAUGCAGUUUGAACGACGUUAACCAAUGUUCUGUUUUUAAAGCGAAGAAGAAUAUGAUUUGGGGAAAACAUAAGAAAAGCGAACCAAGACAGUAGUAUUAAGUCAAGCACUUAAAUUGACAGACAAGGCGUUGGACAACAAACCACCACACCUGGAUAGAUAAACGUAAACCACGCCUCAAUAGAUUUUCCAAAUGACUGCAAACUUAAGCACACCUAAACACAUCAUCUAUAAACCACAAUAGCCACACCUGAAGACAUCAUCUACGAACCAUGAGAGACAUCUGGAUUGGUCAUCUCUCACCACACCCCCCACCUGGACAGGUAGCUCACAGACCACACCUCCAACACUGAUGACUGCUACAAGACACACCCUGGAUAUUUCAGCACAGAUCAUUUGGAUGUUUGUGAAGCGCAAGAUUCAUUCCAAGACAAAACUGGUUUUGCUCUUGUGCCGUUCUUUGUUUUUGUUUUAAGGUGAACACUGUAUUUAUAGUAGGUUGGUUCAUAUCUUCUUUUCUUUGUUAUUCUGGCUGUGGUCCCUUGUCUAAUCUGUGCAAAAGAAUAAGGCCUUGAGAGAUUAACUGCGUAUGGAAUUCGGAGCAACCAGGGACAAUUUUUUAACGCAAUUGUAAAUUGUGGAUGACAGUCAAGAAGAUUAUCUCCUUGACCAGCUACUGAAAGAUAUUCUAGAAUAUUCUGUGGUAGAUCUCUACUGAAAUGUAUUCCAGAAUCUUCCAUGGUAGAGACCUCUGAAGAUAUUCCAGAAUACUUCAUGGUACUACUGAAAUGAAUAGGGGAAAUGACAGGCUACACUCCAAAUAUAUUUUAUUGUUUUAUUUGUAUUUUAUUAGUUUUUUUUUUCAAAUGGACACACAGCAGAAUUAAUAGUAGUUGUGAAAGUGCUAAGAAGUCAAUGGGGGAUCAAUUAACGAAACGCGGACCAAUUUGUAGAGCACCAACAUCACAAGUGUCCUGUAACGCAACAAAAGUGCAAUUUGUUUUUUUGUUUUUGUUUUUUGUCAGGAAGAUGACUUGUGCGGCUGUAUCACUGUUUGAAAUGAAAUAUUUGGCUGCUCAUCAGUUGAUCCGUUAAGUGAUGCUGUUAAUAAGCUGACUUGUGUUCAUGAAGAAUGCCUUAACCCCCCGAAGUGCUUACUGAACUUUAUGUACAAUAAACCUUUCAGAAACAUUUUAUAAUAAUGGUACAUUAUAAAGCUUUAUUAACAUUUUAGUAAGUAAUACAUAAUGUUAUAUACAGUGUAUAAUAUUAAUAAACAAAGCAUUUACAAAUGUUAGUAAAUGAGUAUCUAAAGGAAUAUCUUAAUAUCUUUGAUAGUAGUAAUAUAUGUUAAUAACUCACUAUAUUAAUAUCAGUAAAUAGUAUAUAUACACAUGAGAAAACCAACCUAAGGCUGCACAGCGGUUUGAGAAUCCUGGGGUUCUCUAAAGCUGUACAGAGGCUUAACUUUGAGUACUGCUGCAGCUAUGCUGUCUGUUGUGUUAUCAUAGUAUUCCUUACUCAUUUACAAACGUUUAUAAAUGUUUGGUUUAUAAUUGUUUGGUUUAUAAUUAGUUCAACAUUUAAUAAAGCUUCAUAAUAUACUUUU